AUGUCAAGUGACCCAUUAAGUGAAGUCUUUAACCCGUUCUACACCUCAAUAGCCACAUGGAAAGUCAAAUUCCAUCAUGUUGAAACUGAAACCACGGACCAGUUACUGAAAGUGACCACGGCUAUUCUUCAAAUUUCUUCACCAUUUUUCUCUUACUGUUCUUCCUCAGCUUCCUUUAGAAAAACCAGAGCCACUCUAUAUAACCCAAAUGUUUCAGUUCCAAAGCUCCUUAUCAAUGAUGAGUUUAACCAAAGAAAAGGGUUGAUAACCUUCAAAACAACCAAUCCCCUGACAGAAAUUAAGCCUAAACUUGAAAAUAACGGCACAAACAAGGAAGAAAUCUCCAAUUCAAUGGUGUUGCAACAUAUGUAUGCUAUAAUGGAUAUUGUCGCAGAUAGAGUUGAAAUGCACAAGAAUAUUGGAGCACAGCGUGAUAACUGGAACAGGCUUCUAUUGAAUUCUGUCAAUGGAAUGACAACCACAGCUGCAAUAAUGGCUGGAAUUGCAGCUGUCAAUGGAGGUGGAGCAUCCUUUAUGGCUCUGAAGCUAUCUUCCAGUUUGCUUUACAUGGCAGCAACCGGGGUUUUGCUGGUGAUGAAUAAGAUACAGCCUUCUCAGCUAGCUGAAGAACAAAGAAAUGCUUCAAGAUUGUUUAAGAAGCUUCACGAGGAGAUAAAGACAAACAUUGCUUUUGGAAACCCAGAUUCAGAUGAUGUGAAAGCUGCAAUGGAGAAAGUCUUGGCAUUGGAUGAAGCUUAUCCACUUCCCUUACUUGGAACCAUGCUUGAUAAGUUUCCAUCACUUGUACAACCAGCUGUGUGGUGGCCAGAAGAGAAGAGUACUCAACGGGAAAAGCUUGUCAGGAAAGUUGAAAAAAACGGGUGGAAUGAGAAUCUUGAAGAAGGAAUGAAAGAAAUUGUUGGGGUUUUGAAGAGAAGAGACACUGAAGAAUACAUGAGACUAAGUAAACUAGUCUUGAAAAUCAAUAAAAUUCUAGCCAUAUCUGGCCCCUUGUUCACUGGCAUAGCUGCAGUUGGUUCUGCCUUGAUGGGAUCAUCUUUCUAUGGCUCAUUUGCUGUAAUUCUCAGUGUAGUUUUUGGAGCUAUGGCCGUUGUCGCUAACAGUUUGGAGCAUGGUGGGCAGAUAGGGAUGGUGUUUGAAAUGCAUAGGAACUCCGCUGGAUUCUUGAGGUUCAUGGGAGAAACCAUAGAAUCAACCCUGGAAGAAGGAGAAGCAGAUGAGGGGGAAAAUGGGGAAUUAUUUGAAGUGAAAGUAGCUCUUCAGCUUGGAAGAAGUUUGUCGGAGCUCAGAGACCUAGCAGAUGAUGCAUCCCAUCCUCAUUCUUCAAUGAAGGAAGAGGAUGGAGAAGAGUUUGAUAGCAAGCUCUUUUGAUUCUUAUAUUUGAUAUUCAUUGGAUAUUGUACGGCUGGGAAUUGAAGACUGAAUUCUCUGAUCAACCUGCUCGUUUCAUGUUCAUUUUACAGAUUUGAUUGUACUAAGUUUUCAAAAUGUAAUUAAACAGAAUGUAGUGAAUAGUCUUAUAUGCAGCCAAACAAAUGAUGGUAAUAACUAAUGAAAGACUAUUAAUAUAAUCAACUGAAAUUGUAAUUAAUUAUGGAGAUCAAUUCUAUUUAUAGUCUUAUAU